AUGAAGAACUUUGCACUUAUCUUUGCUUUUGCUGCUUCAGUGGUCCCAGCCUUGGCACGUCCAGCAGUAGACGAUUCGGACAUCAAACCGCCCUACCCUAUGGGCCAAGUAGGGUGGGUUGGCCGGCUUUCCAAGGAUGGGCCUACAGAGACCAUCUGGGCUGAUGAUCUGGACGAUGUUGAUGUUAUUGUUCAAGCCAAGAAGCCUGGAUUUUCCAUCUUUGAUGGUUCUCUGGAUGCAUUCAAUAAUGCAAUCGUUUCCGAACGCAGUGUGACAGAGGGACGCCUUGAAAAGCGAGAGAGAUACUGCAACAAUUUCGGCCAAGUUGGGGCCACCUCUGUUAACGAUGGCAUUGAGCAUCUUCGUGGUGUCACUGCAGGGUGCUCUGUGGCGGCCCGUCAAUGCAUCCGUACUACGUGCAAUGGCGGAGCGGCUAUUGUACUCUGUAACGACAACUACAACGCCAUAACAAUUCCCUGUGGAACCGUUGCAACCAUGGCUCAGGAUAUUAACCGGAACUGCAUGUGGGCGCCUAGUGCAUCUUGCACCCUGUUUGGAUGCAACGCUUCCGUUUAUGUCGUCUCUGGCCAGGAAUUUGCUGAUACAGGAGGUUACAAUGUCAUUGUUGGUACUUGCGGUGCAUUUAGUGCGUCAGGUCAGUCAGUCUAA